AUGCCUGCCCAGAGUGUUGUGGUCUUUGACCACGCCGGCGAUCAGAAAACAGCCCUUGGAAACCUCCUCAAAACCGGUGACUAUUCCGACUUCGUCAUCAUCAGUAGUCAGGAGCGUCACAAAGUCCACAAGGCAAUUAUCUGUCCUCGAUCUGACUUCUUCAAAGCAGCGUGCUGCAGUGGAUUCAAGGAAGCUCAGACAGGCGAGAUCGAACUGCCCGAUGAUGACCCCUUUGCUGUGAGCAUGAUGAUCGAGUAUUUCUAUCACCAAACGUACACUAUCCCCGACGAGAUGAGACUGGUUCCGAUAUACCAACGGCCCUCUAUGAUUCCUUUCCCACCCGGAACAGUGCCGUUGAAAAUAAUUCGUCAUUCUGUCAGCCAGUCUCUUCUGCAUCCACUACAGACUGCCCAUACCACCAUCCCUCCUCCACAAGGACCAGUAUCCCGCGACUCUUUCGUCCCCUACGUCAACAUCUAUGUUCACUACAAAGUCUACGCACUAGGUGAAAAGUACGGUAUCACCGGCCUCAAAGCUCUAGCUGUCCAUAACUUUGAAACCGAGGGUGAAAAGGAGUUCGAAAGCAGCAGUGUUGACCACUUUGGGUAUUUGAUACAUAUGGUGAAGGAAGCAUACAACUGCACUGCCGAAGGCGAUCGCCCUCUUCGCGACGCUGUUGUCAGAAUGCUGAAAUCGAAGCCGAGCCUUUUUAAGCGGUCGGAUAUGAAGGAGUUCUUGAAGGAAGAGGGCUUGGCCUAUGACUUGGUAAUGAGCUAUGUGCAGGAGGAACAGAGCAAAAAUAGAGGAUCGUUGCUGCUGGGGCCUAAAGUAGCAGACAGAACUUAG